UAGUAGUUCAAUAUAAACUACGCGAAUUUAUGAAGAUUGAUGAACAGGAAGUUACGUUGCAAAAAUUAAAUAAAGAAUUGAGAACCUUGAAAAAAACAUUAAUAAAUAAAAAAAUUAUAGAACAGGAAGAUGAGGCGCAAGUAAAAAUAGAUGAAGAAACACAAGUUUAA